AUGAAGCUACAAGUGCUCAGUACUACCAUAAACAUAUGCUCUUUUCCUAUUAUAUCUGAGGAUGGGGCUAUGGUUGCACGGAUUGGAACAAAGGCAGUAAACAAUGAUAUUUCUAUUGAGAAGUUGGUGUACACAAUGGACUUAGCGUUCUUGGGAUUGCAUGGCUGGGGAAAAUUACCUAAGAAGGAAGUUGAUUCUGCCUUUAACAAAAGAUUGGAUCCGCUGUCUUUACGCACCCCAAGAGGAACGACGGGUUUCAGUAAAAAUUUGGUGAAGAAUCAAAUUUGA